CCGGGCGCACAUCCGGAGGUGCCGAGGAGCCAACCAGCCCAAACUUUGGGGGAAAUGACUCCCCUCUGCCCUCGCCCCGCGCUCUGCUACCGUUUCCUUCCAUCUCUGCUUGGCUCAGCGAUGCAAAACGCGCGAGGCGCACGGCAGAGGGCCGAGGUCGCGGGCCCCUCCGAGCCGGGCCCCUCCGAGCCGGGCCCGCCCCUCGGCCGCGCCGCGCAGCACGGGACGCCCCGGCCGCUGUCCAGCGCUGGCCGCCUGAGCCGAGGCUGCCGCCGAGCCAAGACACCCGCCGGUUCACCCAGCAAGCGGGCCCGGCCCGCAGAGGAGGGUGGCGUGCAGCUCCGCUUUGCCAGGCUCUCCGAGCACGCCACGGCCCCCACGCGGGGCUCCGCGCGGGCCGCGGGCUACGACCUAUACAGCGCCUAUGAUUACACAAUAUCACCUAUGGAGAAAGCUCUUGUGAAAACAGACAUACAGAUAGCGCUUCCUUCUGGAUGUUACGGAAGAGUAGCUCCACGGUCUGGUUUGGCUGCAAAACACUUUAUUGAUGUAGGAGCUGGUGUCAUAGAUGAAGAUUAUAGAGGAAAUGUUGGUGUUGUACUGUUUAACUUUGGCAAAGAAAAGUUUGAAGUCAAAAAAGGUGAUCGAAUUGCACAGCUCAUUUGUGAACGGAUUUUCUACCCAGAAAUAGAAGAAGUUCAAGCUUUGGAUGACACCGAAAGGGGUUCAGGAGGUUUUGGUUCCACUGGGAAGAAUUAAAAUUUAUGCCAAGAACAGAAAACCAGAAGUCAUACCUUUUUCUUAAAAACAAAAGAGUUUUUGCUUAAAGUGUUUUGGUGUUUUGUACUUCUGUAAACUUAUUAGCUUUACCUUCUAAAAGUACUACAUUCUUUUUUUUUUUUUUUUUUAAUGAUUAAAGAAACUUUGUUUUUGUAAAGAAACUUUGUUUUUCUGCAAUUGAUGGUUGUAUGUAAAUCUGCUUUGUGGUUACCUGAUGUAAACAGUGUCUUCUUUUAAAAUCAAAUGUACAUCGAUUACAGAAUUUAAAAAAACUGUGAUUUAACUCAAAUGAUACCCAUUGAGCAACUUACUUUGCUUUAAUUGCUUUAAGUCUUAAGCAAUACUUUUUAUUCAGUAAACCUAAAUUCUUUCACAGGUAUAAAUCUUGCAGAAGCUGAACAAAAAGAACUAAAAAUGAAUAGGAGAGAAAAGUUAUUUCUUCUUCCGCUGUCUUCAGUAGUCUAAAAACUUUUUAAUCUUAAGAUUCUUUGUGAUGAGGAUGAGAAAAGAAUCCUCAGCAUAUUUCUCCAUUAUUAAUCUCUGUUUUGAUAUGUCCUCUAUUGACUGGGUAGAGGUGUGUUUGUGAAAGACAUGUCGCUUGGCAAUUUGUUACCUUUGGUUUGUUCCCCUGAAUUUCAUCUCAUUAGGCAAAUUGUACUAGUUCUAGAUAAUGAGUUUCCCUCCGGGAAGUAGCAAUAGGCCAUAAUGAAGAAAAUAUGCCUUUUCUAGGGAUGAGAUAAAUAAUGUAUACUUUGGCUACCAGAUUUUUCCAUCUCACAUGCAUGGCUUGAGUAAAUACAUAUAAGAAGCAUGUCGUUGCAGAUAGGGGACUGAGUCUGUGGCCUAGCUUGAUUGACAUCUUUUGGCAGUUUCUGCUAGUGUGCUUCCUUUUCUUUAUUGUAUUUUUCUGAUUUCCUUUGUAUCAGGGUUUCGGGUGUCAGUUAGGUUUUGUCCAUCAGAUUCUAUGAGACACCAGACAUCGUUGUGAGGAUGUGGGUCAUACUUAUGGAGUGCUUCUGGAGCGAUCAGCUUGCUUGGCCACCCAGUUUCUGGAAGCACAGGCUAGUGUUUCUUCUUUGCUGGUGAUUCUCCAGGCGAUUUAAUACUCUGCAAUGUAAUUGUCCAUCUGUGGGUCACAAUUCAUUAAUAAGUCGUGAAAUCAACUCAGUGGGACAUUACCAGCAUUUUUGCAUACUGCGUUGGGCUAAAAAUUAUUUCUGUUGUCAAUAAAAUUUAAAUGUUUUUCUCCUGAA